GCAUAUUGAGAUUCAACUCAUCUAUGACAAUGUACGAACGAGACAUGGCCCGAAUGAUAUUUUCGAUCUCACCAAUGUAGCUGAUUUCUGAUAAUAUAUCAUAUAUCGCAUGAGCAUCGUUCGAUUCAGUUCGAACGCUCUAAUUGGGCACAUAUUCUUUAGGGCAACUUCGAUAUUAGCUUUGGCACAAAGGAGGUUUAGCUCCUUGUUGUUGUGUUGAUCACUCUGCCUUCGUAACUAAAACUCUCGAUUCAUCUUUGACAUCCACUGAUAUGUUAUCCUCGUAUUUUCCUUCUAAGACACUAUAGAAUGAACUAUUUAGUUUUUUUUCCCUCACUGCAACCAAUCUUCUCUCGAUCUACUUCAAUACAUUUCAUCUUCGACGAGCAAUGAGUUUCUCUCUGGUCAAUUCAUAAGAAUUAUUUAACAACGGAAGAAUCUCUAAUUAAAUGGAGAAUAAAAGUAUUUUUUUAUCGUUAGCUAAACGGAGUUGGAGUCGAGGAUGGGAUGAGAUGAGGAUUGUAUUCUCCAUCACCGCUAGGAGGUGGUGAAGGGAUCUCGACACACGUGGAUAUCUCUUAUUUGGAAAUCAAUUUAUGCACUUCACUCAACGCAUUGACCAAGAUUAGAAAUGUCGACUUUCCAGGAUCCAAUCCUUUUCCUCUAGAAAUCCAGACGGUCCCAAUCUCCGUCCAUACGCUCCUACCGCCGCCGCCGUCGUCGCCACUAUCCAAAAAUGAACAUCGUCUUCUUCCUCUCGGCUUUCUUAUUCUUCAUCGGAGCCAACAGUUCUCAAUUUCCGAUCGACGAAGCAACCGUCGCCGAAAUCCAACACGCCUUCUCCCAAAACAAGCUCACCUCCAGAGAACUUCUCGAUCACUACCUCAACAAGAUCGAUUUUCUUAAUCCAGUGCUUAAAAGCGUUCUCGAAGUGAAUCCUGAUGCGAGAGCUCAAGCGGAAGCCGCCGAUCGAGAGAGGGAGCUCGCUGGAGGAAAAGCCCUUGGCGAACUCCAUGGAAUUCCAGUGCUGCUCAAGGAUUCUAUUGGAACCAAGGAUCGGCUCAAUACCACGGCCGGUUCCUUCGCAUUGCUUGGUUCGGUGGUGCCUCGAGAUGCGAAGGUGGUCCAUCGCCUGAGGAACGCCGGUGCGGUGAUUUUGGGGAAAACUUCGCUCACUGAGUGGUAUGGGUCUCGGUCUAUGAAGAUUCCCCAUGGUUGGUGUGCUCGCGGCGGUCAAGCCCUGAACCCAUAUGGGAAAGGAGGGGAUCCCUGCGGUUCAAGCAGUGGCUCAGCCAUAUCAGUGGCCGCCAACAUGGCGGCGGUGUCGUUAGGAACCGAGACAGAUGGCUCAAUUUUGUGUCCGGCCGAUUACAACUCUGUCGUCGGCAUCAAACCCACCGUCGGUCUCACGAGCCGUGCCGGCGUUAUCCCCAUCUCUCCCCGGCAAGACACAAUCGGGCCCAUAUGCAGGACAGUUUCUGAUGCUGUUUAUGUUCUUGAUGCUAUUGUUGGGUUUGAUCCAAUGGACUCUGAGGCAACCAAGGUUGGAUCUCAAUUCAUUCCGUCUGGUGGAUAUAAGCAAUUUCUGAAGAGAGAUGGGCUUACAGGAAAACGAUUGGGCAUUGUUAGGCAUCCCUUUUCUGAUUUGUAUGCCAAUGAAUCCACGGCCAUUCAAUCCUUUGAGCAUCAUGUCAAGCUGCUAAGGAAAAGUGGAGCAACCAUUGUAGACAACCUUCAAAUAUCAAAUGUAGCUGCAAUUCUGAAUCCUUAUGAAAGUGGUGAAUUAGUUGCAAUGAUAGCUGAGUUCAAGCUCACCAUAAACGAUUACCUCAAGAACCUGAUCCAAAGUCCAGUUCGGUCUCUAGCUGACAUUAUUGCCUUCAACAACAACCAUCCUGAACUGGAAAACAUGAAAGAGUAUGGCCAAGAUGCCUUUCUUUUAUCCGAGCAAACCGAGGGGAUCGGAGAGGCAGAGAAGGCAGCGAUUAGUAUGAUGGAAAACUUAUCAAGACAUGGAUUUGAGGAAAUGAUGAAGACCUAUAAUCUGGAUGCAAUGGUAACAUUAGGGACUGGAGCCGAAACUGUUCUAGCUAUUGGGGGAUAUCCUGCCAUCUCUGUCCCUGCUGGAUAUGAAGGAAACGGAGAGCCGUUUGGCAUCCUCUUUUCGGGUCUUAAGGGGACCGAACCGAAGCUGAUCGAGAUCGCUUAUGCAUACGAACAAGCCACCAUGGUACGAAGGCCUCCUCCUCUUCUUUCUGACUUGUCAAGUUUGUGAAUGUUAUGUAUGACAUGUUUGCAACUAGAAGAUUUAGUGUAACUGCUGGAAAAUGUGACUUCGGGUCAAAUAAGUUAUU